CGCACCCAGGGGCCAUUGACUACCUGCUAACUUUUCAGCAGAAGCCUGGGUGCAAUAGCUUGGAUUUCCUUUUGCACUUCGAGUUUCUCUAACUAUAUAGUGCAAAUUGUUCAUGGUUCUGUCAGCCGGCUGCAUCAACGCCACCCAGGAUCACUCCAACCGCAAAUAUGGACUGUCCAAAUGUUAAUACGCCAUCCCUGAUUGAACGAAACACAGGGUCUGAGACAGGAGCACUGGGCAAGAGGAUUUGUGUACGACAAUUUUCCGAGCGCAUUGCAACAUGGCCAGAGGAAGACUGGUCAGGCAUUUCUGAUUCUAAGCAGCGCAGGAGGCUGCAGAAUCGGCUAAACCAGAGAGCCCGACGCCUACGGAACAAACAGGACACUCAAGCCCCACCUGAUGACCAGGCGAGUGAUAGGAGUAACCGUUCGUCGGCCGACAAGGGAGAACAUGCUCUGGCGGUGGCGACGAGUCCAAAGUAUCGUAAACAACUUUCGAAUAGAGCUUGCAUUAGUGACAGUGCGUCCGCGAUCUCUCUGGCAGCAAUCGAGCACGUACAUAUUCUUGAACCAGACUCGGCUCACACUAAGAGGGUGUUGCAGCAGCUAGAAGUCAUAGCGCACACCUACUACGUGCUGGGUUCCCCGCGUACGGACCUGCUGCUCCACCUCAUCCAGUUCAACUUUACAAAAGCUUUAAUAGAGAACACGAGGGUUCUCGGGCUCACCUCGGAGCAAUUACACGACGAUGCAAUUUCGCCGUUUAAUAUCGCCGGCCCUUGGCCGUAUAACUUCGAAGCUUCGCUUCCUUCUAGUCUCCAACCUACCACCAUCCAGCGCACGAUACUUCAUCAUCCAUGGCUAGAUCUACUCCCAGUCCCGGAAAUGAGGAAUAACCUGAUUCUUGCUGAAGAUUCAUAUGACGAAACUCAGCUUUGCCUUGACAUGAAAGGAGCUGUAAGCGUGAGCACGAGCCAAACAGGCAUUAUUGUUUGGAGGGACCCAUGGGACGCAUCGGGAUGGGAAGUGACCGAACCCUUCGCUCGUUCUUGGGGAUGGGUGAUUCGAGGCUGUCGGGACCUCCGUCGCUCCACAAACGCUUGGAGAGCACGAAGAAAUGAAAGACCGCUUUUUCGGGUAUCAUAGGACGUGGAGAUGAUUUCGAUCUACAAUCUGUGAUGUACAUCUCACCCUAGCAAGCGGGGAGGCUAAAGUAGAUUCGCCUUCCAUAGUAGCAUUCACUCUUUUGGAGAUGAAUUUCAAGCGUUAUUUGCUACACAUGCUACCUAUCUCUACCCUCGUACGCAUCUUACUCAAUAGUUUUAACCCUGAGCGAGUGACGCAUGCAGUAAGAUCAUCACUCCAGCGUCGUAGGCUAUCCGUUCUUCGUGCGACAGCUGAAGCAGCUUUUCUUUGGUCAUCGAUCCCAUGGACUCCUCCCAGGCAUGGCGAAUGAGCAUGCCUGGAAGGUAAAGGGGGAAAUUCAAUUAAUAUAACACCAGUGGACUUGAUUCCUGAUGGUCCUUUGCGAUGUCUAGAACUUGCUCGACGGUCAGUGUAUUAGAGUGGAGGCUCCACCGGUACCAGGCCGGAGAUACCGGAGGAGAUAGUUUGGCUGCCACCCAAGCGAUCCACGGUAUUAAGGUCUUAGCUCCACC